AAACAAUUAUAACAAUUCCAUCGUAUGUUUCUGUAUUAGGUCAGUUCUCUAUCUACAACGAUGUCUACACCAGCAAGAAGACGACUAAUGCGGGAUUUUAAAAGACUUCAGGAAGAUCCACCGGCCGGUGUUAGUGGUGCCCCGUCCGAAAACAACAUUAUGGUGUGGAACGCAGUUAUAUUUGGACCUGAAGGAACUCCAUUUGAAGAUGGUACUUUUAAGCUGACAGUAGAGUUUACAGAAGAAUACCCCAAUAAACCACCAACAGUGAGAUUCACCUCAAAGAUGUUUCACCCAAAUGUUUAUGCAGAUGGCAGUAUAUGUCUUGAUAUUCUUCAGAACCGCUGGAGUCCCACGUAUGACGUUUCUUCAAUUCUGACAUCUAUCCAGUCUUUGCUGGAUGAACCAAACCCAAACAGUCCAGCAAACAGCCAAGCUGCUCAGCUUUACCAGGAAAACAAGCGAGAGUAUGAGAAACGUGUGUCAGCCAUUGUUGAGCAAAGCUGGAGAGACAGUUGACCGGUCACUCAUCCUUCAUUCCUGCCCUGAGAACAGCAAACCUUGAGUGUUUUUUUUUGUUUUUUUUUUAGUUUAGCUGUGUGUUUGCUGGGACAUCCCCCCCCCCUCUCUCUUAUUCUUUGACACACAGGUCUCCUGCACUUUACCCACCCACGCGCCCCCGAUCCCCACUCAUCCUUCCAACGGUAUUGGAGAACUUUUACUCUUUCCAGUCUGGAGCGCUCUACUUACCCUCUGUUGAAGUAACCAAAUAAGGUGAAUCUGAAUGAUGAUGAUGAUGA